CUUUUACUUAUAUUUCCAGGUUAAAGGAGCUUGUUGCCAUUCUAUUCCAAUAAAGGAAAUAAGGACAAAUGACACUACCGAAUAAGAGAGAAAUGCCAGUAGCACAUGUGUAGGAUGUAUUGCCCUUGGUGGGAGUUUGUGUGCUGACAUUUACCCCGCCUCAUCCCCCUCAGGCUCACAAGGAGGGAAGGGCAGCAAGGUCCAAAUGGAGGCCUUUAAUGCUCAGCUCCUUCCGAGGACUGGGAAAUCCAAAGGGCAGAUCAGAUGAUGUGGGAGCUGGUUAACUGCAUGCACAGUCUUUCAUCUUCCCAUAUCAGUAUAGCUCAUGCCUUUUAUGACUAGAGACAGCAACAGCAAGGCUCUGAUUGAGAUUGGCACUCCAGAGUAUUGUUUUACACCAGCCCCAAGGCAGGACUGACACUUUUCCCCAGAGGUCUGUGUGAAGUGAGCCAAGAAUCUUGCUCCAGGUCCUGUAGAGGGGAAUCCUAGCCCCAGACACCAACCCAAACUUCCUUCCUUCUUUAAAUCUGAAAAGAGGGCACGAGCUAAGAGGAAACUGCACAUGGAAGGCUUCCCAUUUCCCAUUUAUAGAGGGAGUUAAGAUGAUGGCCUAGUUUACAGAGCAGGUGAGCACCUGCAGCAGGAGUGAAAGGGCGAUGUCCAUUCCUGAAGUUCAAGCCAGAAGCAUGCAAUAAUCAAGGGAAACUGCUGCACAUGCUGCAUGCCUGACCUGCCACUAGCAGGCACUAUUUUAGAAGACCUCUGUUUGCGCUCAGCACCCUGUAAGAUGCCACACAGCCAGCCUUAAUAGCAUGGCAAACUUUGGCAUUACUUCCCUGAUAUGGAACUGAGACAUAGCACACCUAAGAUCACAGGCCUUGCUGUUGCUAAGUCAGAGAAAAGUGCUCCUGCAGGUAGCCCUGUGCAGAGGGGGUGUCAGCCUCUCACUGUGUUUUGAAGGAAGAAAAGGACUUGAUUAAGCCAGAUGCUGUAUUCACGGAAAAAAAAUAUAACAGCUCCACCAUCUUGUACAGUUCCUUCAAUCACUCUUUUAUUUUACUUAUCCUGCACGUCCUCGAGUGUAUGCAGUCACACGCUGCACUUAAUCACAUCUAUUCAUUUAGCAGUACAUGCAACCGUUCUAGUAUCAUUGGGAAAAGUCUCCUCCCCCUCGAUGAAUUACAGGCAUCUUGGGAAAAGCAAGAGCGAACCCCCUGCAGUGAGAGUUUGACACAUCAGAGGUCUCUGAAAAGGGACUCAAGAGGUCUCGGUUCAAUUCCCUGCACCAGCACACGUCUUGUGGACCCGCCACUUACUCUCUCUUUGCCUCCCUACUCUCAUCUGCUAAUUGAGAGUAGUGAUCAUUGGCAAUCUGACAGGGGUUGUGUAUGAGUUAAACAUGGCAGCAACGUGGGAGGGAAGCAAGAGCACUUUUAUAUACAGAUUUCCUACCUCUUGAGACAGUUGUGUGUGAUUCCUACUGGGCCAAGUUUUAAAGUCCUGAAUCAGCGACUUCUUGAGUAGAGUUCAUGGCAGCGUCCACCCCGCACCCACCCCUGGGGGCACUGGAUGGAGGGGGCGGGUGGGGCCUCCAUGUAGACAGACCCAGGACCCAUGUGGGCAGGGUGCAUUUGGCAGGCUGGAUGGACAAGAUGGUUGCAACCCAGUCCUGUAACAUCUGAGGGCUACAACAAGCCAUUUUGGACGACAAGAUGCAAAAACAAAGGAGGCCAAGAACUAGCAAGUGAGAGGAAGCUUUUCCUGGUUCCAACCUAGUUUUAUUUCUUACAAAUUCAACCAUAGGCAGAUUUAAUUACUCGAUCAGUGCUGGAAGGUACAGCGCACCUGGAGAAGACAGGAAACUCCAAGGUGAUCUGGGGGACUAAGAUAGUCUACAUCAAAUCAAAUUGACCCUCCUCUGGGGAUACUUGUAUCUGGAGCCUUAUGCAGCCCUGUGAAAGCUUCCAUGAUACGCAGCCCCUCAUCGGUCAGCAGCCACCUGUGAGGUAGGACAUGGUCACCUAGUUGUCAUAGUGGUGCUUACAUCACAAAGGCUGUUGGCUCACCUCUUUCCUGGGUCCUGGACCUGGAGCCUUGAGUGCCUCCGGACGCCUUCGCGAUAGGAGCUGCUCAGCGCAUUAGAGAAGGAAAGCUUGUUUAAGCCGACUUUGAACAAUGGAAGUCAUCGAUCUGAAACUACCCAGCAGAGGUUUUUCCAUCAGUGAUCCCUCUGCAGCGAGAUGCCUGGUGGAUCAAGCUCAGGGCAAUCUUGGCCCAGAGUUUGGCCAGGCAGACGUGGACCUUGACAUUACUGUGAGCCUUCUGCUGGAGAGACUCCAACAGGAGGAGGAGACAAGAGUCACCAUUUACUCCAGCCUGCAGGAAGUCUUGCAGGGGGACAUAAAGAGCCUAGACAGGGACCUUGUCAGGAGGAUCAUCCACUUGGCCUCCAAAGACAUGAGGGAGACCCAGCAAGAAAAUGAUGAAGUGCAGUUGGCUGCAGGAAAAACCCUCGUGGCACUUGCCGGCACCUUUUACAAUUGGGUGAUGUAUGAGCUGCAGUGUCACGUGGGCAUCAUGGAGCUCCCUCCAAUUUACUUCUUGAUUACGCUGGGCGACGUGGCCUCAGCCUAUGCACUGAGGUCUGAGCCCUUCCUUGUGCUGACGCUCAGCAAAUUGCGUUUUGUGCUGAGGCUGGUGGAGACCGACCAGAUGAAGCGGGCGCUGUGUGGAGUUGUGGAAGGCUUUGCCCAGGCUGCCAACCUGAUAUUUCACGUCGGGGACGAGAGCCCGUUCCCUAGCUGCCGGGCAGCCGACUAUGGUUUUCAUGUGCUCCCUUUCUUUAAUCUCAUGAGCAGCAGCUGGCUGACAAGCGAGGACCUGGAGCUGCAGCAGGCUGCGGUCAAGGCGCUGGGACCCGCAAUGGGCCUCCUUCUCCACCAUGAGAGGCAUCGCAAUACUGUUUUUGAGAGGCUCCCCUGUCUCCUGCAGCAAUACGAGGGAGGGGUCGACAAUCUUCAUGUCACCAUGAGUCUGAGCCAGCUCUUGGAGGUAGCCUAUGAUUUUGAGGUCCCUCUCCCCGAUGGGAAACUCAAGAGCAUCUGCUUUGCCCUGCACACCCAGGUGUGUGAUAUCGCACAGCUGCCGGGCUCAGAGAACCAGGUCAAGGUGUUCUACUGUCUCCGCCUGCUGGACCAAUUUAUUUCCUUUGUGGGCUCCCGCCUCAAGACUGACAAAGAGGGAAGCUGCGUGGCAUCCCUCUCCAUCUUUAGCGGCAUCAUUGCUGCUGACUGUAAGUAUGACCAGAGCAAAUGUGCUGACUGCUGUCUUGGCUGACCCUUCAGGAACUGAGUUAGGACUGUCCAGGCCGAAUGACCUGUCCUGCUCUAGCUGCGCUCAAGAGCCCUGGCUGUAGAGCUAGAGUCAGACCUCCGUCCUCUGCUGCUCGGUCCCAGAGGGCCAGUAGCACCCUGCAUCCUGCUGGAUGACACAGGAAUGCUGGGACCAAAUCCUGCUCGGACACCUCUCCUGGCAGCACUCUCAAGUCGAGAGGUUUAACGAGCCCUUUUAUGGCCCAAGAGACUUUCCCAGGUUGCAAAGUAGAGACAGGAGGUUGUGCAGGUCGCCACAAGCAGGUCUUUUGCAAGCCGGGUGCCUCUUGCUGUGGAUUGCUCCCAGAACACAGCAAUAUUGUGCCCUCCUUUUCCUUCCAGUGCCCGAGAUGAGCCAGAAAAAAUGUGCUGUAGUCAAGGCCAUGAGGUGCAUGCUUGGUGAUCAGAGCACUGAGGUGAAGAAGGCCGUC